AUGAAUGUAACAAGUAAAAAAAUGUUAGAUUUUUUGGAAAUCUUUAUCGAUGGUGGGAAGAUAUAUUAUUACGACCCAUUCAUGGCAUCUGCAAAGCCAACUACAUGCAAAGAAGCUAUACGGCGAUGGGAGGAAGAGAAUCAACAAAAUGCAGCUACGGCGACGGAAGUAAUCUUAAGCUUUCAGUGGCCGCCAAUAGAGAAGAUGGACAAUGCGCUAGCAGCUUUGGUGAAUUGUGAAAAGCUUUCCCUAUCGACAAAUAUGAUUGAAAAGGUUGCAGGCGUUGGGUCUCUGAAGAAUUUAAAGAUCCUGUCAUUAGGUCGUAAUUUCAUCAAAGGCUUCGCCGGUCUUGAACCAUUAGGCGACACUCUCGAGGAGCUUUGGAUUUCUUACAAUUGUAUUGAGAAGAUGAAGGGCAUCCAGGCGAUGAGAAAUCUUCGGGUACUUUAUAUGUCUAAUAACUUGGUGCGAGAGUGGAACGAAUUCGUGAGGCUACAAGAGCUUGCAAAUCUUCGAGAUUUAGUUUACGUCGGCAAUCCGUUGUAUGAAAGUCUCGAGGUAGAGCAAUGGAGAGUCGAGGUUGCACGACGUUUGCCAAAUUUGGAGAAACUCGAUGGUGACCCUAUAAUACGAACAGAAGAAAAUCCAAUUCAAUUAAACAAAACUGAUUCAUCAAACGAUUUGCUUAAUCAAGAAGCUAGCUAAUAAUUUUAAAUAUUUUAUAACAAAAUAUAUAAAAAAAUUUGAUUGUCUAUUAAAUCUAAAUUAUUUCUACAAAUUAAAGAUGAGAUUUUUUAAAUCUAGAUAUUUUCAAACCAGAUUGAUAGAGGCAAUUCGAAUGUUUAUAUCUCUCGAUCCUCGAGACUCGAAAACUUUGAAAUAUUU